AUGUGGGUGCUCGCGUGUCCCAGCGGAACGAGCGCGCUCAGUGAAAGCGUGAACGCGCUCGUGCUUCUGCCUCGCAACGAUUCCUACAUGUUCUCCAUCGCCAAAGUGGCUCCCGCGAUCGAGUUCGCGCGCCGGCAGCUCGCGCGCGGGCCCCUGUCCGGACUCAAUUUCAGCGUGCAGUAUGUGAGCAGCGAGUGCGGCGUGGACGCGCUCUACGCGCUGGUGGACCGCGCGCGCGACGAGCGCCCGGACCUGAUCCUCGGUCCCGUGUGCGAGUACGCGGCCGCGUCCGUCAUCAGGGUGGCGUCGCACUGGCAGAUCCCGGUCAUCUCGGCAGGUGCCCUGGCGUCCGGCUUCAGCAGCAAGAACUCCGAGUACGCGCUGCUGACGCGCACCGCGCCGAGUUACCUGAAGAUGGCCGAGACGUUCGGCGUCAUGUCGCAGCGCUUCGGCUGGAGGAGCGUGCACCUGAUCUACCAGGACGACAAGGAGGAACGCAACUGCUACUUCACCGUCGAGGGGGUGCACACGCUCCUGGAGGGUCAGCACGACAUCUCCGUGUCCGUUAUAGACUCCAAAGAGCCGCUGGCGUACGUCGACGAGGUGGUCAAGUCCAUGUACGAGCAUGAAGUGGUCAUCAUUUGCACUCAUACAGACGUGGUACGGGAGAUCAUGCUGAUGGCUCACAGACGCAGACUGACCACCGGCAACAGACUCUUCUUCAACAUCGAGCUGUUCAACUCCUCCUCCUACGGGGAUGGAUCCUGGAGAAGAGGCGACAAACACGACAAUGAGGCCAAAGCCGCUUACGCUUACCUCAACACAGUGACGCUACUGAGGUCCACCAAACCCGAGUUCGAAAAUUUCUCUUUAGAAAUGAAAAGGUCCCACCAGAAGAUCGGCAUUAAUGUCUGCGACGGCUGCAACAAUAUUAACAUGUUUAUGGAGGGUUUCCAUGAUGCUCUACUGCUCUACGCACUUGCCUUAGAUGAGGCGGUCAGAAACAAUUUCACUAAAAAGAACGGCACGGAGAUAACACGUAGGAUGUGGAACCGAACAUUUGAAGGGAUCGCUGGCCAGGUGUCAAUAGAUGCCAACGGCGACCGGAAUGGAGAUUUCUCGGUUAUAAGCAUGACCAACCAAGAAACUGGGACAUAUGAGACCGUCAUGAACUUCUUCGGCACCAAUGGAAGUUUUCAGAUCCUGCCAGGCUUCAACAGUGAACGGUUCACUCUGCGAGGAGCGCCGAGACCUUCGGUUCCAGAACACACUGACCAAUCAUGUGGACUAGGAUUAUCAGCAGUGACUGGAAUCAUAGUUGGAGGACUUCUCGGAACGGCGCUACUUCUGGCGUUCUACUUUUUCAGGAAGAAUUACAGGAUAACCAUCGAGAGGAGAACACGACAGGAACCGUGUGACGGCAAACAUCGUCAAUUACGAGAAGACUCCAUCAGAUCCAACUUCUCAGCAGCAUAGAUUCUGACACACAGACGCACAAAUUAAAGAAGUUCACUGCUGGGAAA